UGAAUCAGUCUUUAGGACAUUCGCAGGUUGUCUCCCAAUUCAAUCAUGGAACGCGUCAAAAAUCGGAUAGAACUUCGAAGAUCCAUUACCUGAUGCCUUAUCCUGUUUUCAUCCUUCAGUGCUCUUAGUCUCAAUUCUGUUUUAACAUUUCAUGGAAAUGUAUUCUGUGACGCAGAAAUGAGGAGUAAGGACCACAAAAGGAUUUGUGAAAUAAUUUCAUUUGAUGACAAGGAAUGGGAUGAGGAAUCCACUAAAGGAUCUUUUACGGGUUUGUUCAAUGCAAGGUCAUUUGACCACGUCUAUAGGCGAUGGACUAAGUGAAUGGGUGGUGACAAUCAUCAUGCUAUGAGAUAGCAAUAAACGCUGAUUUUGAAGGCGUUCGAAGAUUGUAUUCAGGCGGAAAAAGCUGUCAUCGAGAGAGUUCCCUUGCCAGAAGGAAAGGAGUUCAAUGAGGGUUUGUAAGAAUGGAGUGAACACUGGUUUUAAAGGCUUGAAGAUUGUAUUCAGGAGGAAAACAGUUCCUCGAGAGAGUUCCAUUGCCAGGAUGAUAAAGGAAUUUGAUGACGGUUUGUAAGAAUGGAGUGAACACUAGUUUUAAAGGCUUGAAGAUUGUAUACGGAGGGAAACACUUGUCUUAGUCAUCGAGAGAUCUAGAGAUACAUUGCCAGAAGGAAAUGGAGUUCAAUGAGGGCUUGUUAUAAUGGAGUGAAGUUCUGUGACCUCUACUUGUGAAGGCUUGAGGAUUGUAUACAGGAAGAAAACAGUUGUCACAGAGAGAGGUCCAUCGCAAGAGGGCAAAGGAGUUCAAUGAGGGUUUGUAAUAAUGGAGUGAACACUGGUUAAGAAUGGAGCGAACACUGGUUUUGAAUUCGAAGGCUGGAAGAUUGCAUUCAGGAAGAAAACAGUUCUCAUCGAGAGAGUUCCAUUGCCAGGAGGAGAAGGACUUCAAUAAGGGUUUGUAAGAAUGGAGUUGCUCCGGCUGUUUCCCGUCGAUGUUGCAGCUGAGUCCCUGCCUUCUACUCCACAGAUCACGUUGGAGGACCGGGUCCGACUGAAGACCCCAUCACCGCUGUCUCCCACAUGUACAACACCGACCGUCUGUAGGAUAGAACAGCCGCGGAGGAUACACCUCAAGCCGGAGGACAAGAAACUCGUUGUAAGGUCCCCAACAGACAAGUUCUACCUGCCCAUCUACAACUUCACUAUAGAGUCCAAACGGAACCUGCUGGAACAACAUGUGGUAGUCAAGAUCAUGUCUGCGCAUGUCAGGGAAAGCGGUCUCAGGGAGGGUGACGUCAUACUGUCUAUUAACGGAAGCGAUGUGCGUGCACUUAGCCAUGAUGACGUCAUAGCUCUAAUACAGCGUCAAAAGAACGACUUAAGAAUGGUUGUCAGGGCGUCACCCGGGUGGUUACUACAGCAACCACGAGCAGAGAUAGAACACGUGACUCGUCUGGCACCCAGGGGUCCAAAGACGACAAACGUCGGAGAUUAUGAAGAGCAUCCUCUAGGAGGCACUCUACAGAAAAUGCACCCUUUUGCAGAACCGAAAAACGUGACCAUUAAACCACAUUUAUUGUACAGGCUCCCCGAGACGAUGGGUGAGAUCCCAGUGUACGGUAUCUCCAUCCACAGUGAGAAGGGCACCCAUCAUGUCGAGGAGCUCUACAGCAAGAACGCAAAGGAAAGCGGUUUGAAACGAGGUGACUUGAUCCUGUCAGUGGGUGGACAGAACGUAGGAGGAUUGUCCAGGGAAGAGGUGGUGCGGAGAAUCCAGGAGCGCUGUGACCACCUGGAGUUGACGGUGAUCAGUCCACACUACCACUGGGCCAGGAGGUUCUGGAGGUCAUGGAAGAAACUCGUUCAACCCUUCAGGGUCAUCUUCGGCAAGUCUGAGUGGAUGGGAUAGCCAACAACCUGACCAAGUCAUACUUCUCGCUGAUCUUCCACUAAGCUGGUCAUGGUCUCUUAAAAAGCAUGAAGGCCAGCACCUUUGAAGCUUUGGACACAUUUACACCGGUGUCCGUAAGGGAUGUAGCCCCGGCCCGGCCCCGAAGCCCCUCGGGGGUACCUCUCGAUGUUUUUACGAUUACGUCACGACGCCUAUUUGUUGCCCGGUCCCGGGUUGAUUUUAAUUCCGCUUAAAAAAAAAUCCCGGGCCCCGACCGUGUCCCAAAAUAACCAAUUUUCCGCAUCUCUAAGCCGGUACUCGGGAGCCAAAUCUUGAAUGGAGGUGCAUAUCAAGACAUAUUGGGUCUUUGGUGUGAUUUUUUUGGUGGUCUUUUACAUCAUACGGCCGUCACCGGUUUGGAAAUGUGAACCAAACAUCGCAUCAGCUGAGGUGAGCCGCCACAAACUCUACGAGCUCGAGGAAGGGCGGCCCCAGGGCUCUAUGAUACCUUGGCUUAGACAGUGAGAGUUUGCACACAGGCAACGGUAGCCAAGCGCUAUACACUCGCGAUACACCCACUGGGAUCUCCUGGAAAAUUGGACUGAAGGCACACUCUUGGACUUCUGUUACAAGGUGAAUUCCAGGAGCAGAUAAAUCUUUAAUCAGGGGAUCCAGAGGACAUUUAAACGUUUGUAAGCACAAAAUUGACGAGGAAAACUUGCCAACGCCAAGGCACACUACAAAUGAAAUA